CCACAUAGCACUAAAGCUUCAAUGAGGUGAAAAUCCGUCGACAAGCCCGCUAUAUAUCCGGUUUACGGGAUGAUAAUGCACUCUAGUCCUGCCAGUCAUGGUCCGGAUGCCGAGCUAAAGCCCGGCCAUGCAUCGCGACUUAUGUAACCCUUAAGACCGAGUGUCACGUCCCGGCCCACUACAGCACCAGAAACGGCAUAUCAUGAGCAGCAAGUGCAGCUACGCCAAAAGGCUAUAGCCGCAUCAUGGGGAUCUGGUCUUUGGUAAAAUAACAAAUAUCAUCUUUAUAAUCUUAGUCAUAUGACGCGGAGGGGCAACCUAACCUAACUCCGUAUUGCUACAUGCCGCCAGCUAUACCGUAUCAAGGAGCUGCCACUAUUCAAGACUCAAAGAUGGGCACGACCGGAGGAUAUAAAAUGGCUCUGCCUAGCAGUCCUCGUCUGGAGAAAAAGGGACUCGUCAUUCCCUGCGCUUUUCAGACACCCUCCGAUCAGAUUCUCGGUCAAGCUUCAGAUAACGCUCAACAUCGAGACAAAGGAUGGCAUCAAUUACUCAGAAACUGACGUGGUUAAUAACCGGAUGUUCAUCUGGCUUGGGCCUAUCGCUCGUGCGCACCGUCCAGGCCAACGGGCACAAAGUCAUCGCAACCUCACGUGAUCCCUCGCGAACCCCUGACCUGGUGAAAGAGGUCGAGUCUAAGGGCGGCAGAUGGCUCGCUCUUGACGUCAAUGAUCGCUCCAGCGGGCAGGUUAUCGAGGGACUGGAGAAAUCGGGUGAGAGGAUCGAUGUACUCGUCAACAACGCCGGAUACUCUAUCCACGCUCCGGUAGAAACCUUCACCGAAGACGAGGUGCGCGCUCAGAUGGAGACGAUGUAUUUUGGGCCGCUGCGCCUUAUCCGUGCCGUACUGCCGUAUCAGCGCGAAAGGAAGUUCGGCAUCAUUGUUAACUGCAGUAGUGGUGCUGCUUUGGGAGGGAUGGGUAGUAUGGGCGCGUACGCUGGUGCGAAAGCAGGUCUCGACGGCAUAGCCAGAGUGCUCGCAAAAGAAGUUGAACCUUUCAACAUCCGCGUCAUCACAGUGUUGCUAGGUUCUUUCAAUACCAAUAUGCCCAACGCCUACAUGCAUGGCAAGAGCCCCGUUCCCGAGGCGUACAAAGGCACCGAAGCGGGACGGUUCCUCGACAUCCUCGACUCGGGGAACAUUGUACCCAGAGGCGAUAAAGAUAAGGCUAUGAAAGCCCUGUAUCAGCUCGUCGUUGGCGAGGGUUUCGGGGCGGGCAAAGAGAAGGAGACGUUUUUGCCGCUUGGGAUCGAGAUGCUAGCUCGUAUUACGAAGACGCAAGAGUAUCUUGCGCAUUCUAAGGAAAUCUUUGGGGAGAUCACUGCCAGUGUUAGUCAGUAACCGAGAGUCAUUGGUAUCGGGAAAGGGUCAUUCAUUGAUCCU